CGAUCGAGAGUGAGAAUAUCUUGGCGGCAAUUUUGCAAAUGAAAAUCAAUAAUGGGAGACGUUUUUGAGGUACAGGUAAUUCUGGAUUCCAGAAGGACAAAAGGUGGAGAAUUUGAAUACAAGAUCAGAUGGAAGGGGUAUGGCCCAUCGGAAGACACGUGGGAACCAGAAGAAAAUCUUAUUCACUGCGAGGAGCUCCUCCGUGACUACAAGAAUAAAAUGGCUGCGGAACAGAGAAACAGGACACAACUAGAAGCAAGAGACAGAGAUUUAACACCAAACUUACCAAAGAGAAGAUUACGACAGAGGAACACACCGAAAGUUCAGAGGGUCUUAGGCGUAAAGCAAAUGCCUCCUCCUCAUGUCAACUACUCUGAAGUACCACCACGUCAUGAAACUUCAAACAAAAUCAAAUGUGAGACAACAGGCAAGUGUAAUAAAUGGGCUAUGUUUGGUGGUUUGGUAUGUUUCAUGAUUGGAGCGAUACUGCUCUAUCUUUCUGUGGACUGAUCAACAACCUCACCUCCAGCAAUGCGAGACAACAGGCAUGUGUAAUAGAUGGGCGAUGUUUGGUGUGUUUCAUGAUUGGAGCAAUACUGCUCUAUCUUUCUGUGGACUGAUCAACAACCUCACCUCCAGCAUAAGGAAACUGCAAUCAUAGGGACCAAGUACAAUGACUGGAGUGAUUUGACUGUAUAAUGACAUUGACUGGAGUUAUAUGACUGUAUGGACAAGACAUCAACGAUCAACAACCUCGGCUCCAGCACAGGGAUCCAGCAUGCAUACAGAUAGAGUUCAAUGGCAAUGAGUAUGAGCGAUCAGUGAUGAACAACCUCAGCUCCAGCACAGGAAACCACCAUUCAUUUGGGCCUACACUGACCAAGCCAAGACAUCACUAAAAAUUGGGAGAGACUUUGUCUUGAUGGCAAGAAAGGUUUACUCUAUCAAAUCAGUGAUCAUGCAAUUGUGAAUUGUUUUUCAAUAUGAUUAUGUAAUGUUAUUUAUGAGUCGUGACCCUUUUAGACUUGGGGUAUGAAUGCAUCGUGUCUUCCAUGUAUCUCCAAACAGAAGAACAUUCACAUUUUGCUGUUCAUUAUGCACUGUACAUUUCUUUAUCACAAGUUGAUCCUAUCACUAUUCUUUCAACUAAUUUUGCUGUAAAAAUUACUCGUUUGAUUUGGAGUUAAAACAAAAUUUGCAACUUGCAAGGGAUUCUAACAUUAAUUCAAAAUGCCACCUGUGAGCAUCUCUUAUUUUACUGAUUUCUACUUUACAGUUUGGUUUUCAUUUCCAGUUUGGUUUUCAUUUCCAUUUCUUUUUGAAGUACAUUUAUUGGACUUCUUAAUAAGACUACAUUUUCAGCAGAGAAAAAUUCAUAAUUCUACAUGUAGGUUUUGUGCUUGUUUUUAAUUGUAUAUACACAUCCUGUGUGUAUGUGGAGAUGUUUAUAAUGAUGCAGAAAAGAAUACAGUUGUAAUUGGGAUUAUUUAACUUGUGGAAUUAGUACUGAAU